AUGUUCCUUCUAUUAAUUUACGUGUCUAUCUCACGCAUUGUUUAUCAGGAUUGGGCUGCCCGCAGAUAUAUUUACUGCGGGCCCGUUAUCCAGAACCUCCUCAACGAAGUCUUCUUUCAAGACCGUGAUGACGACGCCAUCCGGUGUCGUGACUUUUACGAGCCAUUCCCCAAACUGGCUCUCGCACUCAUCAUGACAGCGAUCGAUUGUGCCAUUGAUGAAUGGCAUACGGGUAAGCGGGGCAGGAUCACCUUCUCGGAGACGGCUUACCGCCCUGUGUACAAAACGUACCUCGAGGACCUCAACCGGUUCGAACUGGAGGGCCUCCAGCAUAACAUUCUGGGGAAGCUUCAGGCCCGGAUGUAUCGGGAUGGCCUUGAACACGCUGGAGUCCAGUACCAACCGGUCACUUCAGUGUCCAUGAGUAAGGAGGUGCUCGCGAACGGGGUCGCUGAGCUGGUCGUUGAAUUCAACAACUAG